AUGUCCUCAAACUACACCCCGGAAGAAGUCAAAAAAGCCCACGAGAUCCUCUACAACGAAGGCAUCAAAAUGCGCUACCAAGUCGCGGGAAAAGAAUACGUCGAUCGUUCCCUCGCCGCGGCAGAUAACCCUUUUGCCAAAGCGAUGCAAGAAGUUCGUCGUUCCCCCUCCCCUUUGCCCCCCCCUUCACACUGCCUAAUUCUAUUCAAUUCAAUUCACUCGCUAAAACGUCUUCCGCUCGCUCCCUCCAGUACGUCUCCGAAUCCUGCUGGGGCAGCAUCUGGACGCGCCCGGGCCUGGAGCUCAAGACGCGCUCCUUUCUGAACAUCGCGAUGCUCUGCGGGCAGAACCGCGGGACGGAGCUGGCGACGCACGUCAAGGGGGCGCUGAACAACGGGGCGAGCGAGGAGGAGAUUCGCGAGGUGAUUCUGCAGGCGGCUUGUUACUGCGGGAUGCCGGCGGGGAUUGAGGGCUUCCGGGUGGCGUGGAAGGCGGUCGAGGAGUGGAGGGAGGCGAAUGCCGGGAAGAAGUAA